AUGACUUUACUCGCUGAACGAUGGCUGAGACAUCACCAUCGCAUACCGCAAGUGAACGGGAAGAAGCAAAGGUUUUGGGGAUAUUCCACCACAGUCCAUGGAAUCUUAGGCGGACUUUCCCUCAUGAUGUUAUCGUUCUUGGACACAUUCAACCAUCCGACUGCUCAUUGGUGCUUUACGUUCACGUUCAUGAUAUUCAUAGCAAUCAGCUCGUUCAGUCAAGUUGUUGAGGUUUUCUUUCUGCACAAAGAGUACCCCGAUCGGGCUCAUUUGAAGCGCAACGCUGUGCUCAAAUUCUCCAUUGUGUCAACAUCUGCAGCGCUUGGGGUCGUUUUUGGUAGUUUGUAUAUGACAUGCGGAGGCAAACCUACCACAAGGCGCGGUAAUCUACUAUUAUCGACAGCCGCUAUAUGCGAAUGGGCGGUCGCUUUCCUAUUGACUGUUUACUUCCUGACGUUUGCGCUAGACUUUUGGCCUGCAGCGAAAACCUCUUCAAGGUUCAAAGGUCAAAUAGAUUCCAAAUUCAUGCAAGAGAGGGAAAAUUCAGAUGAAUUCGAUUCGAAACUCGCUUCAGAAAAAUUGGAUGGUCGUAUCAUCUGA